AUGAAUGAGGAUCUGAUGCACGCACUCAUAUAUUGUGUGCACGCCAAAGCUUUCUGGAUAGCAGCGAGGGAUCGGUUUGAAUUUUCACUUCCGAGACUUCAUCCAGUUUCUUGGGCUAGAGAUAUCUUGCUCGAUGACAUGUUUUCUGGCGACAUAAGGUUCAAGAUUAUUACCAUUAUGCACUCCAUAUGGACCUCACGGAACCACUGGACACAUGACAGGGAUGGUUAUGACCCUGUUCAGGCGAUCAAAUGGGUGCAUGAAUCGUUGACAAUAUUGGAAUUGCCAGCAAGUAAAUCUAAGCUUUCUCCCAUGCAGUGUUGGCGGCCACCGGACGUGGGGUGGGUGACAAUCAACACAGAUGGUGCGAUCAAUUCCGACGCUAUGAAAGGUGGAGCAGGUGGUGUUGCUCGCUCGCACCUAGCGUUCCUAGCAGCAUGGAGCAAGUCACUGCCCGGCGUGACAGACCCCUUCAUUGCCGAGCUCAAAGCAUUCCGGGAGGGAGUGAUCUUCGCCAACCUCCGUGGAUACUCACAUGUGGUCAUGCAGGUCGACUGCCUUGAGUUAGUCAACCUAUGGCACUCGCGAGACAAUACGUGA